AUGUAUAAGGCUUCUCUUCAUCUGCAAAAGCUGAUCGAGUGCUACGUUUCCUAUUCAUUCGACUUUAGUGUUUGCAAGCUGCUUCCCACUUCCUGUGUUGAAGGAGAUAGCCACCGAGAUAAUUCUUCGGUUGCCGUUUACACCGCUCAACAGUACCUUGAACACUUGCCGUACCUGCUUCAGGGCUCAUCUGAUCUUAGAUACAAUGAGAUUAGCGAAGAGGAAAAGCAGUUUAUGCUUUUCCUUUCUAGCGUACUUUUAAGAGCAUUGAACCAGCAUGCCUUGCGAUGCUGUGGAGAGACUACGAGUGGCAGCGAUGCUACAGGCAAGCGAAGCACAUUUAUUGUGUGGAUGGUGUUGUCAAUUUAUUCACAUUUUGCGCAAGAUGCAGAGAGGCGUUUUCCCAACUGGGAUCGAGUCGAAAACCUGAAGGAGGCAGUGUUGACUAGCUCGUUAAAGGCGCGUUACCGUGUGCUCGCCGAGUGGGUCAAAAAGCGCUACUCUCAGAAGCGAGAUGACCCAGCCUUCGCAGAAUUACUAACCCUGCCUAAGCAGGCACCCCAGCAGCCAGGGGUUGAUCCUGGUAUGUUUGGAGGAUUUUCUUCGCAAGUACGGGAUGCGGAAGAGAACGAAGAGGAGGCGUUGUGGUCCGAAGUGGAAACCCUUUUUCAUGGGGAAAAGGGUGAGCUCACUGACCCUCUUGCUUUGGAUAAAGAUCUUUUUUAUCAUUUUUUUUUGGAUUAUAUCGAUCCUGUGCUCCGAAGAUAUCCGAAGCAGAGACCAUUUGCAUGCAUAGUUCCCUUCCCGCCACUGCAAACCAAGGAUUCUGAUGCAUGGUCCAGGGAAUGCCUUGAGUAUGCCAAAUGUCAGUUCAAGGUACAUCCCCUUUCGCCAGAAGCUUCAAUCCUUGACGCGGUGGUGGCGGCUACAGCAUACACUUUGCCUUGUUUAAAACAGGCCAGGGAUUUUUUGGAGUAUUGGGAGGAGCGAUAUACGAAAUGGGUUAGCUGCCAGUCGGGCAGGCACACUGCCGUUGACGACAUACACCUGUCAGCAAAAGAAAUGCAGAUGUCAGGCGAAUCCUUGCCUAGUCAACGUUCUAGCAUUAAGUUCGCUAUGGAGUACACAAGUUCUCUUUACCAAGCCCUGACGGUGGCGCAUGGCGCAGUGCAGCUGAUUCCCUCAUCCAUUCAUGCUGAGGAGAUCGAGGGGAGUGCCUUUUCCGAGGUGUCGUCUGCACCUUCCCAUCUCUGCGGUUCUUGGCUCUCUGCGGCGGCGGCCACAUUCUCUAGCUGCGUGCAGCGCUACCGCCUUUUGCACUCCCCCCGUGUGUGUGUGGUGUUGCCCGGCCUGGCCAUCGCCGCGGUAGAGAUUGUCAGCGCUUUCCUGCGGAGCACAGGGUCGUGCGGGCGCGCGGACGUGCCGUUCCCGGACGCCAUCACGGCGACUGGAACGAUGUUGGUUAGCCCGCCGUCGGCACGGCAGGCGCUCGUCCCCCCAAACCCACCAUUCCACAGCGAGGGGGCCGACUGGCGGACGGGCGACGCGCCCGCGGACCGGGCGAAUGUGCGCGUCCUCUCCUCAACAGCAUUGCAUCCUUCCUCAUGUUUGAUAUUACUACGCCGCUUGCCGGAGUUCACCCCGCCAAAUGGUGAGGGUACGCUAGGGGAUGAUCCGACUCUAGGGCAACCGGCGAGAAAAAGUUCCGGGGGCUGUGGGGCAAUUCCCUCACUCAAAAUGAGCGAUCUUGCGGCCGUCGUUGGGGGUGUUCGGGAAGGGGUCGUGCUGAUUCUGGUGGAGGUGCACAUUGGGAAGCGGGAGCAGCGUUUGAUGGAGGGAUGGGGGACGGGCUCCCGCACGGUGGUGGUCGUUGGAUCAAUUGGGGAGUGGGGCAUGUCUCAGCUAAGCCUGCGAUGGCGCACGGUUCCAAACACGCCCUACACCGAGCCCAGCAUGUUGCGUUGUAUACGAGACGGUAAGGCGGGCGUGCUGCUAUACCCCCUCGACGAAAUGGAUGUUACGGUGCCGCACGACGAGAACACAAAGGGCUUCCGUAAGCGCAUGACACUUGACGUCGUGGAGCGCCGGACGCGAUGGCUUGUGGUCAUUGGCGAAUGCCAGAGCACCGAUCGAAUGCGUCCCUCGAGGGACGUUCAAGUGGAUAGGACCUUUUCCAUGUCCGCACCUAUAGAUGAUAGCGAGUCUGACACUACUUCCUCUGCUUCUUCUGAAAGCACAGCAACAAAUUCGUCGGGUUCAAGUGCACAGUACUCAGAUGAUGCUAUGUGUAAGGAUUCGCCACCUUUACCUUUUUCCAGCCACGUGGUAUGCAGUGUUGUCGUUGGUGGGGCAGUGGAUGCACUACAGCGUAGUGGAUUGUUGAUGGCCCGUGUGGUGCGACAGCAUCUUGUUCAUCGCGCUGUGCUCCCAGCGCGACUCGGGGGCCUACUACUAACUACUGAUGGCCGUGUGGAGCUAAGUGUGCUGGAUCGCGUGAGACAGCUGCGGACUACCAUUUUUCCUUUCACUGAUAAGCCCGUGGGGGAUGUCAGUGACAACAUCCAACCUGAGGCUAAAGUGCUUUUUCAUGCCCGUAUACUAGAGGCGAUGGAGGCAGGUUUACAGAGCUACCUUCUGUUGUGCGUGCAGCAUGAUUUAUGUCUUCGGAUCGAGGAGGCAUGGGGAUGGCUAAACCAGGUCCGGAUGUCGGAUACCGCCAAUAUUAUGAGUGAUACGAAUGAAUUGCACAGCGAUGCGUGCGCAUUUACUUCGGCGAAUACUGUGAAUACAGAUGAUGGAGCUGACGUGGCUGGAGAGGUUUACUUCACAGUGCGAAGUGCCUAUCUGACGAUUGCGAGCUGCUUGGAUGAGCUGUGCCAUACCGCUCUGCUGGGAUCGCAUCCCUCCACGAAGGCGUCAUCGCGUAAAAGGCCCACUUUAGGAGAUUUGUAUUUCGUUCCCUUGAUCGAAUGA